UGCGUCGCUGGAACGUCAUUGAAAGAACACCGGAAGUUGUAUGUUCUUGGCGGAAGUCGUACUUAGUGUGGCCAGCUUGUCGCUAGAAGAUGGCAGCAGCGAUGGACGUCGACGCACCGAGCUGCUCCAGCAGCGGAGCGAGCAAGAAGAGAUUUGAAGUGAAGAAGUGGAACGCUGUGGCACUGUGGGCCUGGGACAUUGUUGUGGAUAAUUGUGCUAUUUGUCGAAACCACAUCAUGGAUCUUUGUAUAGAAUGUCAGGCCAACCAAGCUUCUGCCACGUCUGAGGAGUGCACCGUCGCCUGGGGGGUCUGCAACCACGCCUUCCACUUCCACUGUAUUUCCCGCUGGCUGAAGACCAGACAGGUGUGUCCACUGGACAACCGAGAGUGGGAGUUCCAGAAGUAUGGCCAUUAGCUGCUGUUUGUUCUCCACCUUUUACCCACAAUGCAGUUCUACUUGCUCUUUUCUUCUUGCAAAUAAAAUAUGAUUCUUGCUAUUGUUGGAACUUG